AUGACCAAUUCUACAGCGUUCAAUCUUACACCACUGGAUCAUGAGCUCCUAGCCAUGAAGGAUGAGGACUUCGUCCCUCAUGAUUGGAACAACCUACGAGAUAUCAUCCGACGGAACGAUCUCGGGGCUCUAAUGCGGAAGCCCUCCGAUCUACGCCGAUACCUCUCCUGGUCCGCAGAAACAAAGGCCGAAUAUGGCACUAUGAUGAACUAUAUUUGCAUCCAUCGAUUGAAAUGGCCACUCCCCUCUGAGCUUACAGGGACAGUACCUGCACCAGAUAUUCAUUCCUCGGAUACUGUGCAGGUAAAUGGCUCUAGUCCCGAUCCCCAGUCCCAGUCUAAGCCAAGUGGACCCUUGCUCACCUUUAAGAACCCGCAACCAUUUGCCGACCCCGAGGAUUACAAGAUACUCCGCAACGACUGGCCUUACGGGUUUGAACCCGGCAUUUCACACUUGGUCGUGUGGUCUCGCACCCCCAUUCCUGUAGCAUCAGAUGAAGGCCAUUUGACUGCCGAGUCUAGAGCGCUGAUCAAUGGGUUUGUGCAGCGCCAAUUUGUUCAGCGGUUGGCCGAGGAUAAGGCUGGGCGUUUUCUUGAUCCCGAAUCGCAUGUGCUAUGGUUCAAGAAUUGGGUCGGCCUGCAAAGUGUGCGAGCCUUGGAACAUGUUCAUGUCCUGGUACGAAAUGUACCCGAGGAUAUAUUGGCAGAGUGGUCGGGAGAGUCUAGAUAG